CACACGCCCACAGCGGGGCUAACCCGGCCCAUGCCCACAGCGGGGCCGCCGCUGCCCCGUGCCUUCUGCCGAUAUGAAUUACUCUAGGUUCAUCACCACUGUGAGUGCAGCAAGAAAAGCAUCUCCAAUAAGACUGCUGACUGAAUUGAUGCAGAAGUCUCCUCCAUCUCUUAUCUCUCUGGCUGGAGGGGCACCAAAUCCUAAUGUCUUUCCAUUUAAGAGGGCAACAGUUGACAUUGGACAUGGAACACCUAUUGAGAUUGGGGAAGAUCUGAUGAAGAGAGCUCUCCAAUACUCAGCCUCAGCAGGGAUUCCAGAGCUGUUAUCUUGGCUAAAAGAUUUCCAGCAGAACUUACAUGAUCCCCCCACAGCCAAUUACAGUCCUGAGCAAGGACAGAUGGAAGUGUGUGUCACAACUGGCAGCCAGGAAGGCUUGUGUAAAGUGUUUGAAAUGCUCAUUAAUCCUGGAGACAACAUCCUUUUGGAUGCACCCACAUACUCGGGGACACUAGCAGCUCUGAGACCCUUGGGUUGUAAUAUAAUUAAUAUUCCUAGUGACCAACAUGGCAUUAUUCCAAAAGCUUUAAAAGAAAUUCUGUCUGCUUGGAGCCCAGAGGAUGUAAAAAAUUGUAGCAAUCACCUCCCCAAAUUCCUGUACACUAUUCCAAAUGGAUGCAACCCAACUGGCAACUCACUGACCACAGAGCGCAAAAAGGAGAUUUAUCAGCUUGCAAGAAAAUAUGAUUUUCUCAUAAUAGAAGAUGAUCCUUACUACUUUCUUCAGUUUGAAAAGCCAUGGGCUCCAACUUUCCUCUCAAUGGAUGUGGAUGGCCGAGUUAUCAGGACCGACUCUUUCUCUAAAAUUCUCUCAUCUGGUUUAAGAAUUGGUUUUCUGACGGGUCCCAAGCCUCUCAUUGACAGAGUCGUUCUUCACAUUCAGGUGUCAACAAUGCACACCAGCACUUUCACACAGAUUAUGAUAUCACAGCUCCUUCAGCAAUGGGGACAAAAGGGUUUCUUGGAGCAUAUAGACAGAGUGGUGGACUUCUACAGGAUCCAGCGGGAUGCAAUGCUCACUGCUGCUGACAAGUGGUUAAAAGACUUGGCAGAAUGGUACCCUCCUGCUGCUGGCAUGUUCUUAUGGAUCAAAAUUAAGGGUAUUUCUGAUACACAGCAGCUGAUAAUGGAAAAGGCUUUGAAGAAAGAAGUAUUACUGGUUCCUGGAGGAGCAUUCAAUAUUGAUAGUUCAGAGCCUAGUUCUUAUGUCAGAGCUUCCUUCUCUCUGCCUUCUCCUGCCCAGAUGGAUCUGGCCUUCAAGAGACUGGCUGACCUUAUAAAAGAAUCUUUGUGAAAAAGCUAAAUAGAGCUCUUGCAGUAAUAAAAAUCAUCUCCAGAAAAUAGUUAUUAACAUUUGGAUUUCAUCAAAACACUUUAUAAGCAAGCACAAUACAGUGGAUGUUUCCUUACAUCUUUUCAGCUAAAAAAAAGACUGAAAAUGAAAGUGAAAAACAAUUUGCCUAAUUUUUUUUUGACAGGACAUUGCAUUACAAAAUGUAUCUAAUUCAGAAACAUUUAAAAUACUCAAAACCAAAAUGUUCUAUUUCCUGUACAAUCCAUGGUUUUGUUAGACUUAAAUUGAUUUUUGCUCUGACUUUUGUUUUCCAUUUGAGUUGGGAAACAGAAAUCAUUUACUUAGAAAGUUGCACUUGAGGUGGUCUUAGCCACUAUUACUUCUCACUAUUAAUAUCAACUGAUACAUUCCUCCAAAAAUCUUAUGUUGGGAUUGUCUCAUGGGUCACUUCCAUUCUUGUCCUUCUGUAUGGCAUCUGGUUUUAAUGAUUUGAGGAUUAGUAUUUAAUUCUACUGAAGUUUUGUCAGGUACAGCUGAUGUAACUAUGUUAACAAAUUAAAGCUGAUC